AACUCGUGAUUUACAUUUCCACUUGUUUAUUUUGACGACCUUCUUUUCGGAGUAUAUGUUUAUAUUUUACAUUUAAUAUCCGUAGAUGGCUUAUAAAACCAUCUAAAUUUGCGCGUAGUACAGUAUCUUAUUUUCGUUCUCGAAAUAUUCAAAAAUUGGAGUGAGGGUCAUUUACAUACAGUUUGAUAUUUUAUCAACAAACGGGCCUGACAAUUAUCAUUCUUCAAAUAUUAUUUUGGAGUGUGAAAUGAUAUUUGUCAAGUGAUUAAACUGAAGGAGCAUUUAUAAAAUUAGUUACAAAAAAAUUACAACUAUUUCAUAUUGAAUUUGUUUAAUUAUUGAACCUGUUGUAAAUUACAACGAAUAUCAUUUCACAAGAAUAAAAAACUUAGUGCUGCGUUACAAGACUGUCUAAAUUGAGUUGAAUCUAUUGAACGCAUUCUGAAAACGUCAGUUAUUUGUGGAAGAUUUUACCAAUUUGAAAAAACAGCUACACUACGAAUGGAGUAAUAAGUUGGAAACACUUUUCUUCCUUUGGAAUGAAAAAUGGAAAGAAUUCUCUUCCAUUCGUGUGUACCAUAUGGCCUGAAAAAGUUAUUGCCAUGUGUUCGUUCAUGCUCCUUGCGACAAUUGAGCAAAGAUGCUCCAGAGGAUCGUUCACCUCUUGACGGAGUGCGCGUAUUAGAUCUAACCCGGAUAGUUGCAGGACCUUAUUGUACUAUGAUACUGGGUGAUCUUGGAGCAGAAAUUUUGAAAAUUGAGAGACCAGGGACAGGAGAUGAAAGCCGUCACUGGGGACCUCCAUUUUUUGAAGGCACACAAGAAUCCACAUAUUUUGCUAGUGUCAAUAGAAACAAGAAAAGCAUUUGUAUUGAUCUCAAGAGAGGAAGAGACAUAAUAUAUGAAUUGGCUAAAAAAUCUGAUGUUUUGGUGGAAAAUUAUGUACCAGGAAAGCUUUCAAAAAUGGGUUUAGGCUGGGAAGAAAUGAAAAGAGUAGCACCUCAAUUGGUAUAUUGUUCCUUGACUGGAUACGGAACGAGUGGACCUUACUCUCAGAGACCUGGAUACGACGUUAUCGCAGCUUCCAUCGGAGGACUUCUCCAUAUUACCGGGCCAAAGGAUGGAAAUCCUUGUAAAGUUGGAGUUGCCAUGACCGAUCUAGCCACAGGCCUCUAUGCUCACGGAGCCAUAAUGGCAGCUCUUUUACAAAGAUCAAAGACUCAACAAGGUCAAUGGAUCCAGUGCAAUUUGCUGUCGACUCAAGUAGCCUCUCUUAUAAACGUCGCAUCCAAUUAUUUAAAUGCAGGCAAAGAAGCUACUCGGUGGGGCUCUGAACACGAAAGUAUUGUGCCCUAUGAAGCAUUUCCCACAAAAGAUGGUUUUAUGACUGUUGGCACCGGAAGUGAUGCCCAAUUUCUUGCUCUCCUCGAACGAAUGGGAUUACAAGAGUUGGCAGAGAAUCCAAAGUUUUUCAACAAUACGCUCAGAGUCAAAUAUCGAGAAGAGCUGUUGGCUAUUUUGAGGGAAAAAUUCAAGACUAAAACCAACGAGGAGUGGUCUGAAAUUUUUUUAAACGCUCCUUAUCCUUACGGACCCAUUAAUACCAUAGGACAGGUAUUUGAAGAUCCUCACAUCAAACAUAUUGGAUUAGUCGAAGAACUGCCACAUUCAACUGUUGGAAGCGUCAGAGUCGUUGGACCACCCGUUAAAUACAGCUAUGCAAAAAAUGCAGCAAGAUCCGCACCUCCGACUCUGGGACAACAUACUCACGAAGUUUUGAAAAAUUUGUUGAAUUAUAAUGACGAGACCAUCAAUGGUCUCAUUAAAUACAAAAUUGUACAAUAAGCAGGCAUUCCUUUAAGGAACGAAAUAAAUAUCGUUUUAUAACUCA